ACAGACCGCCCAACUGACCAAUCAGGUUAACCACCAAACGAGCUACUCUGACCAGCGGGCUGGUGGAAGCUGCCGAUACCUCUCCAGCUGAGAGGAAGCGACGGGUGGAAGGUAGAGUAGAUGAGGUCCUGUGUUCAUAAUAAAAUGUGGGGGAGCCGGGCCUUUCUCGCCGGCUGGCUGCUGUUGCUGCUGGUCCAGCUGUUGUGUUUGGAGGCUGUGCCCAUCAGCAUCGACAAGACGAAAGUCAAAGAACCAGAGAAAAAGCCUGAAGAGCCUCCAGCCAGUGUGGACACUGGACUCCACUAUGACCGCUACCUCAGAGAAGUCAUUGAUUUUCUAGAGAAGGAUCAGCAUUUCAGGGAAAAGCUCCACAAUACAGACAUGGAAGACAUCAAGCAAGGUAAGCUGGCCAAAGAGCUAGACUUUGUCAGCCAUCAUGUCAGAACAAAACUAGAUGAGUUAAAAAGGCAGGAGGUAAAUCGACUCCGGACCCUGAUUAAGGCCAAGCAGGACCUUGAAGGAGGAAAUGACAUAGCAGUGGACCAUCAAGCGCUGCUGAAACAGUUUGAAUACUUGAACCACAUGAACCCGCACACGUUUGAAGUGGAAGAUCUGGAUCGGCUGAUCAGAUCGGCCACUAAAGAUUUGGAGAACUAUGACAAAGAGAGACACGAGGAGUUCAAGAGGUACGAAAUGAUGAAAGAGCACGACAGACGAGAACACCUGAAAACACUGGAUGAUGAGGAGAGGAAGAAAGAGGAGGAACACUAUGAGGAGAUGAAGAAGAAGCACGCCGACCACCCUAAAGUCAACCACCCGGGUAGUCAGAAUCAGCUGAAGGAGGUCUGGGAGGAAGCUGAUGGCUUAGAUCCUGAAGAUUUUGAUCCUAAGACAUUUUUCAACCUGCAUGAUACAAAUGGAGAUGGCUUCUUUGACGAACAGGAGUUGGAGGCAUUGUUCACCAAAGAGCUGGAAAAGAUUUAUGACCCCACCAAUGAGGAGGACGACAUGGUGGAGAUGGAGGAAGAGAGGCUACGUAUGAGAGAGCAUGUUAUGAAUGAGGUGGAUUCAAAUAAAGACAGGCUGGUCUCUCUGGAUGAGUUCCUUGUUGCUACUAAGAAGAAAGAAUUCUUGGAGCCAGAUAGCUGGGAGACCUUGGAGCAGAACCAGGCUUAUACCGAUGACGAGAUGAGGGAGUUUGAGGAGCAUCUUGCUCAGCAAGAACAAGAUCUCAACCAGAAGGCUUUUGACCUCCAGAAACAGAGAGAUGAGCUGGAAAGACAACAGGAGCAGCUUAAUGCACAGAAAAUGGAGCUCCAGCAGGCAGUUGAGCAUAUGGAACGGCUCAAGUCACAGAAAGUAGACCCUCCUCCAGAGGUUCUCGAAGGGAACGCUGUCCCAGAAAUCCCUGCAGUUGAAAGCCAACUGCAUGAGGCCCAACAACAAGGACAUGACCCUGCACCCCAAGGACAUCAUCCUGUACCCGAAGGACAUGACCCUGCGCUGCAAGAACAUCACCCUGUACCCGAAGGACAUCACCCUGCACCCGAAGGACAUGACCCUGCGCUCCAAGAACAUCACCCUGUACCCGAAGGACAUCACCCUGCACCCCAAGGACAUGACUCUGCACCCCAAGCUCCUCAGGAUAUACCACAGGAACAACAUGGACAAGAAAAUCAAGACCAGGCCCAGCAAGGUCUCCCUCAAACACAUGAUAAUAUACCACCUGGUCAUAAUAUACCACCUGUGCAAGGCCAGAAUCAGCUGCCAUAAUAAUGUGCACAAAACUUUACAAUCAGACUUUUUCAGCACCUGCACUCGAAAGUGCUGAGGAGCAGUCCCAUCGGAGUAUAAGGACCUCUUUAACCACCCUGACCAGCAUUAGUGGUUUGAAGUGCAUUUGAGAAGAACCACUCAAAGGGAAUCCGUUACCCCAGAUUUCAGUCUUGGUGACAGUAAUCCCUUCAUUACAUAAUGAAAUUACACAGUGAAAUGACCUACAUGGGUUUGGAUCCUGAUAUGUGCAUACAUAGAUUUUACCACAGUUGUGUUUGCUUACAUUGAGGAUGUUUUUUAAUAGAAUCAUAUAAAUAAUAUUUUUGUGAGCUUUCAGACCGGUUGUUUGUUUCCUCUCAAAAUGGCUUGCUGCUUCCUAAACAUCCCGACCCAAGAGCCUUCUGGAUAUGUACAGUGCAGCUGUUUAAGAAGAUAAGGUGUAAAAAUACUCAUUUUUAUUACAGCCUUUGAGAUUUAGAUUUUUUUGAAAUUACUAUCAAAACACUCCAAAAAACCUCCAAAAUAAAAGACAUGCAUGAAUCAUGAUGGACCUUAUGAAAAAAUACUUUAAGAGUUGACUGAAAGAUGUUUGUUUUAUUUAAUUAUGACACUAAAUUGGCAAAAAAAAAAAUAAACCUACUGUAGCAAAUUCAAUCAGCUUACAGCAUUUUCACACCAUCCCCAGACAUUGCACUAAAAAACUAAGGAAUUGUUGAUACAAGCAGUCGCUGUGUUGUGUAAUGAUCUACAAGGUGCUGUCAGAUCUGCAGCUAUCACUGUGACCUGACAUUUACAAUCCUUUAACCUCAGCACCAUUAUGAAGCCAGGUUGCUCUUUUGCUUCCCAUUAAACUACCUGUUUACGCUUUUCCUACUAUAACACUUUUUUUUCUUAAUAUGUACACUUAAUUUACUGUACUGAACAGAAAAAGCUCUUAAAUAGUGCUUUUGUUAAACAGUAUAACGAAUCAUGGUCCCUACACAUGUAUUGCUACGUGAUUCUGAUGAAACAGUUUUGAUAUUAAUGUUUACGGUUUACACUUUUACCUAACCAUCUAGUACUUUGCUGAAACUGUCAAAGGCAAUGAAAACUUUGAAUUUUGUUUCUCUCUGUUCAUUCUGAGGUAUUUAUGACUUUUACAUGAAAGAAAACAUAUUAGCAUAUUUGGCAAAAUGCUGGUUUGGUGUUACAUGCUGUGUUAUCCUGUAUGCUUUUGUUUAAUGUAAAUUUGUUUCUUCAAAUCAGGGAGAAUAACGAACAUGGGUCACAGAUAUUUGGGAGUUGCUGCCACUUCUCACUGAAGACCUAAAUUUUCAGUCGAUGAGAUCUCUGCCUUUCGGUUUUACCUUACACAAAAUUUAAGAAACCUUCUCUUUAUUUGCUUUGUCAGUCGUUUCCCGUGUGCCAUGCAUUAUAUUUUGCACAAAAUGUAAAGCUGGUGUUUGAUUUCUUGCUGCUGGAUCCAAGGGUCAUUUGACAAAAUUGCACACCUCAGUUAAAAUAAAAUAAAGUGGUUCAGGUUGUCAAACAGA